AUGGGCAAAGCAAUAUACCCCCUCUUCUUCGAAGGGGGGCAUAAUAAAACUGUUGAUAACAGUAAGUCUGGCACUAAGAAAAGUUCUAAAAUGAAUAAUAACAGUAACACCCUAGAUUUUUCUACAUUAUUCCAAGAGGAAAUUUGUAAUUUGAGGAAGGUUUUAGGCCUGAAUACUGUUGACGAAGUCACAGAAUAUGAUGAAAUAGCCCAGUAUGGGGACAGUUUAAAUUCUUUACCAAACAUGCAUGUGCAAGUUGAUUGCAGUGACUCUGAAUAUGAUGAAGGACUGUGUUCAGAUUAUAAUAACAAUCAAGCUGUUAAUAACAAUCAAGCUGUUGGCGCAGAUUUUUCUGCUGUGUUGUUUGAUGGGAAGAGUGAUAAAACUCCCAGUGAUGAAAUUUGGGAUUUACCAAAACUGAAAGCUCCGGAGAAAGGUUCUGCUGUUUCUCAAUCAUUAGCUUAUUUGGUCAAUACAGCAUGUACUGUACAAUGUGACACGGAUGCUAUUAUUGGGAAAUAUAGAAUUCCAGAGAAUUGUUCAUAUCUUGGUGCUCCCUUGGUAAAUAAUGAGAUAUGGAAGGUUCUUGACAAGCGUGCAAGGUCACAGGAUAGAGGAAUGGUGGACAUUCAAAAUCUUGCAGCAGUUGGCAUUGUACCAAUGAUAAAGUUUGCUGAGUUGCUUAAGCCCCAAAUUUCUAGUAAUUCAGAGGCUAGAACCCUCAUCUCAGACAUAAUGACUAUUAUGGGUCAGGUUCAGUGCAAUUUAUCGCUCAGGCAAAGAUAUCUUAUCAGGGCAAACAUUAAUAAAAGAUAUCCAAAUUUGUGUAAUUUCAACACGCCUGUGUCGUCAAUGUUGUUUGGGGAUGAUAUAGGGAAAGAAAUAAAAUAUUGUGAUAAUGGCGUCUCAUUAGGAAAGGAUUUGAGAUACGCACAGAAAGGCAGAGGUUAUGUCCCAAGGCCCUUCAAUGGUUCCUGUGGUAGGGGUUUUAACCGUGGUGGUUUUUCUGCUGGUUAUGAUUUUGGUCAGCCGAUGAGGUAUGCCCCUUAUCCUCAAAGGAGUUCAUUUAGACCUGCAGCUAGACCCUUUGGUGGCGCUGCUCAACGAGGCAGGUUGUCUGCACCCAGUGCAACAGUAACAAUGGAACACCAGUCAAAAAACUAAUGUCAGGCUACCGAGGCACCGGGAUUUAUUGGGUCUGCCCCACAACAACAUGCUUCAUCCACUCAGCCGGUCAUUGAAGAUGGUCGUGGUCACCUUAUCAGGACGUCGUUGGCGUGUGGAGGAGUUUCGCAAGGAGCUGCGGACGUUAUCUUGUCAGCCUGGAGGGCAGGAACCAGAAAACAGUAUAGCUUGGCAUGGAACAAGUGGUAUCUAUGGUGUAGUUCAAGGGCAUGCAAUCCCUUUCAAACAACUGAAAGUGUAGUUGUUUCUUAUUUGUUUGAUUUGCAUAAGGAUAAGAAAUCCUAUUCUGUUUUGAAUACCCACAAGUCUAUGUUGUUACAAACUUUGCCAUUUUUUUGGUAACAAUUGGUGUUUUAAGAUCUUUCUCAUUCCAAAAUUUAUGAAAGGUAUUUUUAAUAUUUGUCCAGCAUUACCUAGGUAUCAGUGUACUUGGGAUGUGGAUGUUGUUCUAAAUUUUUUGACAAAAUUGUAUCCUUUAGAGAAAUUGUCAAUUAAAAUGUUGACUUAUAAGGUCACUGCUUUAAUAGCUCUGGCUUGCGCUCCUAGGGUGCAAACUUUAGUUGCUUUGAAUUUGGAUUAUAUGAAAGUUAUGAACAAUAAAGUGUAUUUUGUUUUCCCUAGUCAUCUUAAAACUACAGGGAAACAAAAUAGUUUUCAAAUAGUUCUGGAACAUUUUCCGGAUGAGAGCUUGUGUGUUAUGCAUACUGUGUUGUUUUAUGUGAAGUUUAUGAAGUCACUGCGACAGUCAAAUAAUUUAUUAGUUUCUUACGUAACUUUCAAGCCAGUAACCACUAGUACAGUAGCUAGAUGGUAAAAGGAUGUUUUACAGUUAUCUGGUAUAGACACUGGAGUGUUCAAGGCCCAUUCAUUUAGAUCUGCUUCCACUUCUGCAGCUUACAAUAAAGGAUGUUCUUUAGCUACUAUUCUGAGAACUGCAGAUUGGAAGUCCGACAAGAAUUUUUAUAAAUUUUAUUAUAGAACAGUAGUGGAUAAAAAUAUGUCAUUUAAUAACGCUAUUUUUCAUAGUAAGUAAUAGUAUAACCAGGUAAACGGUUUGUUGUUUGAAGUGUAAUAAUAUAUGCAUGGGCAUACUUAAAGUAGAAUUGUAGUGAUUUUUAGUCACAUGUAUGUACGUGGUGAUG